AUGCUGGCCGCUUUUGACCUUGCUAUGAGUCUGCUCAACAAUAUGCCAGACUCAAAGCAGCAUGGUUCAGAUGUAGAUGUCGAUGAAAAUGUCGAUUUCGAUGCAGACGACGAUCACGAUAUCCCAAUAGACCUUCUGGCAACGAUCAAAUACCCUGGACAUUCACGUCCAAUCACGAAUUACUUCGGAAUCACCAAGUUCCUCCAGUACAGGGAAAUCAGGAUGGUCCUUAUGCCAUUGUGUUUGUUUGUUGUCGAACGCACAGGAUUUCACUUCGCUUAUGACCCCUCCAUUAGAAAGAUAUCUGUUGAUGAUGCUGCCAUCAAGUUUGACCUUGCUGACUUACGACCAGCCAUUACCAAUUUUCUUCAUUGUGAGGAUACUCAUGGGAGAGAUCAUGUCCAUACUAUUGGGGGGGCUAGAAGAGCUGGACCCGCUGCUUCACUUCCCUUUGACACGCUACAGGUCUGGUUUAAACUUCGGCUGCAGGACACUGAAUUCCACGACAUUAGCAUCAUACGGCCUGCGCAAACCCUCAACUGUGCACCCCCUUCUGAUCCCUGGACCUCUGGCCGGUAUGAUACAGUUAUCAUUAACAACGAUGCGGGAUGCUUAUGGCCCACAAGUGGUCUUCGUGGUCAUACUAUUGGUCAAAUCAGGCUUAUCAUGCAUCCUAUUGGAAAGAGUGGCACGAAUUGGUCAUGGAAGGACCGUUUUCUGGUAUACGUGCAUCGCUUUGACAUUGUUCCUCAAAGCUCCGGCACCAAUGAUCGUGAGCCAAGUACGCAGCUCCACUUGCUCAAACGAGCAAAACGCUCAAAUGGUACUUGGGUGGGUGACAUCAUACCCGUGAUGCAGCUUAGAUCACCUGUGAACCUUGUCCCUCGCUUCGGUGCAAGUGCGGUGUAG